GUUUCCUAUCAGUAUAAGAAGAAGUGAGUUCGUGACAUUUGGAUCAGUUGCUGGAGACAUCAACCAGUGUCAGGAUGACCUCCAGUGUAUAUUCCAUCCUCCUCGUCUCGCUGGUUUUCUGCGUCUCGGUGGUCGAUCCUACCGGCGUUAAAAUCAGAAUCACCAACCAAGCACUGAAUAUGUUGAGGGACCAGGCUCAGGCUAUCGUCCAGGAGCAACUGCUCAACCAACCCUUUGAAGGGUUCCAGAUUUCAGUCUGCACCAUCGACAGGCUGACGAUAACUCAGCUGACCGUCCACCGGGCCGAACUUCGUUUCAGGCAGAACUCGGGUUUCCAGUUUGUAAUGCAGAACUUUGAGGCCAGAUUCAGCUUUAAUCAUCAGCUCGACGUGCUUGGCUUUCAGCACACUGGAGCUAAAGAAUUCGUAGCUCAAGGCGUCUCCGCCAACAUGGAACUGAGUCUGAUCCGAACCCAACAAGGACGUUUGGCUGUCGCCAUGCCGACCUGUGAGGCCUCAAUUGAGCGGAUGACGCUGAUCCCAAGAACCCUGCUGAACGUACUGACGGGCUGUCUGCGCCACCUGUUCAAUUUCCUGUUCUGUCCUUUGGUGCAGCGGUACGGCAUCCCUUAUGUGAACCAGAUGUUGGAGACCAUACCAAUGAGGGCAGAAGUGUUUCCAAACUUUGGCAUCAGCAUUGACUAUUCUCUGACCAGAGACGUCCAAGUGACGGCCAACAGCCUCGACAUGUCUUUCAACGGUUUGGUGUUUAGGGAGGGUGAGAACAUUCCUGCCCUGAAUCCUGCUGUGGAUCCAGUUUUUACUGAGAACAACCUCAUGGCUUAUGUGGGCGUCUCAGAGUUUGUCUUCAACAGCGCCGCUGUGGCCUUCUACAACGCAGGAAUCCUGGGCAAGAAGUUUGAGACGAUCUCCUCAAGAGCUGCCAAACGUUAUUUAAGAUUUCGUCAGUUUUUCUCGCAACCAUGGCGUAUGAGGGCUCCCCUUGCUGCUGCCGUUGAACUGACGGAGCCUCCAAGAAUCAGCAUCACUCAAAGGCAGGGAGUCACGGUGAACCUGAGAGUCCGAGUCAGUGCAGCAUCAGUGCCACCGAACAGAGAACCUCAAGUCAUAACAUCAGUAUCUGCGACAUGUGAAGUUACAGUGAUGGUGACCAUCCACGGAUCUGCUGCAGGGAAUCGUCUCUUCCUUCCUUACAGUAACUUGAGGUGUCGCAUUGUCACCCGUAAUCAGCUAAGACAAACUUUGGUUGUACCUCUGGAAGAGCUGCUGAACAACAGAGCGUCCGACUUCCUGGAAGGUUGGUUCAGAGAUGGAGUUGAGCUUCCUCUACCUCAUGGACUGAUCUUCACCAAUUCUUUGCUCCAGUAUCAGGACGGCUCCGUGGUGGUUGGAGGGAACCUGAACCUGACUCCCGCUGGGAGGCAGAGGGUGUUGAAUGGAGAUAAUGCCGGCAGAUAAACGUUCUUCACGUCUGGAACCAGAGUUCAAACAGAAACAAAGCUUCAGAACAGUUUCAUGUUUGUCUGCAAUAAAAGCUUCCGCAUCAGA